ACCAAAUUGUGAUGUAGAAAACAAAUCCCCAAAGAUUUACCUUUAUGAGAUCACGUACAUGUUAUUAUUUUGUUAGUUGAUCUAUGUGCUGACUAAAGUUUGAAGAAUUCACAUUAGGACUUGCAAUGUACCAAAAUACUAUUAUUUUAAAUAAGGGGGCAGUGAGUUGUUAGUAUGCCUAUGUGGCAUCUAAAAGCCUAGGAAAACUUCAGAGAUUCAAAAAUAUGUUCUAAUACCAAACCCAACAAGUUUAAUUUAUUUGUAUAGUCCUUUGUGGAAAUUAACUUACAUUGUCUAUGCGAGGAUAUUAUGAACAAUUAAGUAAGUAUAUUGGAUAAUUAUGUGUAAGUAUCAAUUUAAUUAUAUUUCAAUAUUUAAGAACUGCACUUUUCAGCUGGUAUAAGUUGUUGAUGCAGCUUUGAAUUUAUUUUACAGUUGUGGGGUUGCACGACAGAAGACAGAAGACUUUUCUGACAAUAUCUUUACCUUAGUGACAUAAAUGUGAAGUUUAUGACCGUAUAUUGGUCAUGAACAACAAGUGUUAGUGUGUCAAGAUGGACCUGCCUGACUGCCCGCCUGGGGCAGAGGGCUAUCAUGACUCUGUCACCGAAAAACCGAAGAAACUUGGCUUAGAUGAUUGCACUAAGGCGGAGCAGGAGUUUCAAGAACACCUAAAUAGUUUGAAGAUCAAGCUUGAAGAUGGCACAACGCGGUCAAUGGUGGAGCGACGUGGCCGUGAUGUCUCCGGCAAAUGGAUCUACCUGUGCUAUCCUUGUGCAGCCAUGUGUAGUGGGGAGAGCAUAUUGCAGACUCAUAUAUCAGGGAAAAAGCACAAGACAAAGUUAGCACUGAGAAAUGUGUGGUCGGUUAGCAUUUUCGAGGAACAUCCAUAUAUAAUCAAUGAAAAAGGCGGCAAAAAGGGAGAAGCAACAGAAAAGGUGCUCCAAAAGAUGGCUGAGGAAGUGGAAAUGUACAACAAAGCGAAUGUACCUUCGGAAUUGGACUUGAAAUACAACAAGUAUCGUAAUGUGCGCUGCCAUAUUCAAGACUCCAUUGAUAGUGUCAAAGCCCCAUUGCUGGGCAUGGAAUAUCUGGUGGAGCACCCUCCCGAAGAACCUCAUCACGAACCAUGCUACAUGUGCGUGCUGUGUUCCAAGCAGGGCCAUCCGCGUACUAUCAUUAACCAUAUGACUUGCUUCUGGCAUCGCUACAAUUUUCUGAUUCGUCAUUUUCCGAAAGCGAUUGCAUUGUUGGCUCCAUACCGCACGCAGCCCAAGUAUCGCGAAGGCGUGUCCGUUAUCAUCAAUCGUCUAGCUCAGCGCAUUGAGGAUAAAUACGGUCGACUGAGACCCGUCAACAUCGAGAAGGAAGAAUAUGAAAGAGAUAAGGAACAAUUCCAUCUCUGGAUAUUCAAGGGCUUUCACUUCAGUGAACAGAAUGGCCCUUCUUUUGAAGAAGUUGUUGACGUCGACCUCAUCACUACUUUGCACAAAUCCAAUGUGGAUAACCAACUGAAAACCGGAAGUGUAAGCAAGGCCCGAGAUCCAUCACCACCUAUCGUUGCGGCGCCUGCGAAACCACACUUUAAUCCAUUUUCGCGUUCUGCCGGGCGUCAGGAGCGGCGUGCGGGCUCCAUAGAGUCACUGUCGGAUAUCAGCGACGAGCACCCGACUGUUCGUUCACGUGACCGCAGCCGGGAUCGUGACCGCGAACGCGACCGUGAACGGGACCGUUACAAAAGCCGUCAAGAAGCGCCUAAGCCCCGUUUUGAACCUUAUCACGACCGGCGCCGUGCAGAUAGUCCGUUCCGCAGCCGUUACGCGCUCAAAAAUACGUCAGGGGAAAAGGACAAGGACAAAAAACCACCUAACUACGAUUAUAAAGUGAAAUUAGCUGACGAGAAGCGACGUGCCGCUGAAGAAUCUGCUAAAAAAACCCUCGCUUAUCACGAAAAGAACCCCGAAAAGCACCCGCUAUAUCCAGAGGAGUGGAAAAAGUUCUGGAACCGCCGUUACAAGGAAAUCCAGGCCGAGGGUAAAGAUCCAGCUAAACACGAUUUUAAACCUGAAUGGAUCGUGUUUUGGACCACGCGAAUGAAAGAAUUGCACGAAGAAGAACUCCGCAUUAAUAUUUUGGAGAUCUACCGCAAAUUAUGUCUGUCACCUCCGGACAUGCGACGAGAGUCCCGCAAAAGUCCAGAAUCAAGGAGGAGGUCGCAAGAACCAAGAAGGAGGUCUCCAGAGACCAGGAGGUGGUCACGUGAUAAAAAGCUAUCUUCCGAACCAAGACGCCGCUCGCCUGAUUACCGACGAGAUCACAGGUCACCUGAUUUUCGUCGUUCUCCAAGGCGAGUUUCUCCGUCGCGGCAUAUGCGGGCGCAUUCUCGUAGUCCGUUUGCGAGAGGUCGCAGUCCAGCACGCACGCAUAUAAUGUUGGAGUCGGUGCGUCGAAGUCGCAGCCGUAGCCCGCUAUCACGCCGCGCCGAGGCCGCUCGCAAUCGCAGCCCGCAGCACCAUGGGCCCUCCAUGCAGACCGUCAUGAUAUCUGAUGACGAACUGAAGCCUGACGCCAUAUCACCUUGGAACUCUGACAAUGAUCUGGAUUCGCUUGGAUCUCUACCGGAUGCGAGAUCACCUGCCCGAUCUCACUCACGUACCGGUAGUUUGGUGUCAUCUCGGACGUCGCGGUCGCGGACUAAAGCGAAAGAAUUCUCGGGGCAGAGCGCGCAACUACAUGAUCUCGGCCCAGCUGAGAAUGUGGUGGCUACUUUGAGAUUGCUUGUUGCGUUAGAGGACUAUCUUGGUAGUCUCGGUCCCAAGAUCGUUGACCUGCUGACUGAGGCUUUGAAAAUGGAAAAGGAUACGCCCAAUUCUUCAGAGGAGUUGUUGGAACGCGAAGCCGCUGUAGUGUUGAUUGAAACGGCAAAAGAAAAGCUGAAGGGUGCCGUUCAGGCGGGUCUCGUCCCAAACGCUGCUGCUGCUGCCGUCCGGACUGCCGUCGUGCGUGCCGCUUCCACACUUCACGAGGCUGAUACGCGUUUAAAACGGAAACAACAGAGCGUAAAACCUGUUGCGAGCAAAUCAGCGCCCGCGGCGGCGUCUAUGCCGGUGGCGGGCGUAGGCGAAGUGGAUCGCGCACAGAUCGCGCAGCAGAUGGCCGCGGCUCUUAUUGCACAGGGCAAGACCAACGUCACUUCCGAGGAGCUAGCUCAGCUCGUUGACGCUGUGGUUGGAAUGGCAGAAGCAAAAAAACGAGAAGCCGAGGUAAAGAAAAAAAUAGAAGCUCGAGCCGCUGCAGACAAAGCGUCAAGGCCUACGCCACCACCAGCUAAGGCCAAUACCGCGGCGUCGGCGCUACAAAUGCUUCAGUCUGCUUAUGAUGAAAAUGACAAAACUGUCAAUAUGAGGGUCGAUAAAGAUGAGGUGCCAGACGCAAUGGAUGGUCUUUCGGACUCUGACUUGGAGACGUUACUUAAGAAUUUUAAUGAGCUGUCAGCUGAGGAGCAGCAUAGCCUGAUCGCAUACUUAAAGAAACUCGAAGCACGCGAGCCACAGCGCGUGGAACGACUACGGCAGUAUGUGAGCGCAGCUGCUACCGCUACCGCGCCGCGGCUUGAGAACCCACCGCCAGCUGUGCAGAAACCAGACGACAACAUCCAGCUCGUUGCUAUUGAAAGCGACGAUGAUGACUACACCGUUGAAGAGGUGUUCCAGUCAGCUACACAAAAGGUUAAAGAGAACCAAAUACGCCAAGAGAUGGAGAUUGUGAAGAAAUCUUUAGAAGAGCUAAAAGCUUCUCCACCAAUAGCUGACUCUGAACCGGCGAAAGCUCCAAGCACAAUAGAUCUGACGAUAAAUAUGUCUUCGGCGACAAAUUUGCUGGCUUUAGUCCAAGCGUCGAUACAAUCCACGUCUGUAAAUAAUCUCAUUACCGUAAAUCCUACUUCAGAUGUCGUCACUAGCAACACGCAACCACGCUCCUUUGGAGAUGUACCUGAAACUGCUGUUACAGAUGCCAAACCACUGUUAGAGUCUCCAUUGAUGAGUUCAACGCAAUCUUUACAACCUCAGAGUCACAUGGGUUCGCAGCAAGGUCAUUAUGGAAAUCAAUCGGGUUAUAGACCUCAAAAUCACAACUUUGGAGGCAAUAGGAAUUUCCAGAGUGAACUGCGCAAUAAUGGUCCUCCAGAGUGGGGUAUGCAAAACAAUAGAAAUCCCAUGGAAGGAUCGGGAAGUAUGGGAGGAUCAGGUCCUAUGGGACGAUCGGGUGCCAUGGGAGGAGCGGGUCCCAUGGGAGGAUCGGGCCCAGUAGGAGGAUCGGGUCCGAUGGGAGGAUCGGACUCUAUGGGAGGAGCGGUACCUAUGGUAGGAGCGGGUCCUAUGGGAGGAUCGGGACAUAUGGGAGGGUCGGGAUCUACAGGACAUGUGGGAGGAUCAGGACAUAUGCGGAUUCAAGGGUUUGAUAACUUCCAGGACCAGUACAAUCAAGUGCCAAGAGGUAAUUUCAUGAAUGGCAGAAUACAAGACAACUACGAUACAAGACAAGUCAAUCAGUUCGGCGGCUAUCAGUUUGGGGGUAAUCCACCGCACGGUAACAAUCCACAGUUUGGUAAUGCACUAGACCAGGGCAAUUUUCGAGGUAGGGGAGGACCAGGAAGCAGGGGAGGACCAGGUGGCAGGGGAGGACCGGGUGGCAGGGGUAAUUUUGGAGGGCCAUUGAGAGGUCGUGGACGAGGGUACUAUUAACACAUUAUCUAAAUUCUAAUACUGCAGUCAGUCUGGAGAUAAACCACUCUGGUUUAUUAAGUUUUAGACAAAGAAGUGGUAGAUUACAUGAAAAAAUCU